CUAGGAUAACGGAGGCUGUAAUUGACGCAGGCCAAGUGCAUACAUGCUUUCGUUAGCACCUCCUCGUAAUUCAUGUGAGCGGAUCAAAGUUGGCUUAAAAAAAAGAUUCUUCAGCGCGAAUUGAUUAUGAACUCAUAGAAUGACGCAAAGUGAGGGUAAGCAGAUCUUUUAUUGCAAACGGAAAUCUCUAUCCAAGCUCAUUUGCGACUGGAGUGUGAAAAUCGUAAAAUUGCAUCAUUACAUCGAGCCGAUCAUAUAUGAAUGCUGAAAAAAGAAUUAUCUAAACAAUAUAGACAUUCGUUUUGAGGAUGUUUUCCUCAUGUUGUAUACGAAGUAAUUAUUUCAACCACUAAUCUUGUGCUUCGAAGGUUUAUUGUGAAACAUUAGUUUAAACUCAUUCAAAUCGUGUGACGCCAUUGCGCAUUUCACUGCGUUAAUUAUCCGUUUUAAAAUCGUGUGUUAACUUCAAAGAUAGGUCUUAAAGCUUCAUUAUAUUCUGUUGCAUUAGGUCUGUCGUCUUCCUAAUCAGAUGAGCUUCAAUUUGUGGUAUAAUUUUUCUACAUUUACCCAUGAUUAGGCUGUGUUUAUCAGAAACAAUGUAUGGAAUAACAAAGCGCUAUAGAAACAAUGUAAACAGAGACAAAAUUUGCAAGUCGAGUUGGCUAGGUGAUUGCUCGAGGAUAGGUAUAUCAGGUGACUCUUAAUCUUCUCAACACCGCAAAAACCCCUUCAAACAACAUCGUAUCACCGCACGAAAUGUUGACAAAAUACUGAAACCGCAAUUGGUUUUAUACCCAUCCAUGCAUAAUCUAAACACAAAACUAGCACAUAACAAAGCCAUAAAACAGUCUUGAAAGUUCUGUAGAUAUUUAUCUUUUAAUUGUGAUGGAACCUCGCUACACGUUUUAUGUUUCAUCGUCAAAAUAUUUAUUUAGGUAGGUAGGUAAAACGUAUUUAUUCGGUAUCAAUUCACAUCUACAUGCUCUUCCAUCCAGCCGUGUUUGUAAAAAAACAAUAGGUUAAUUACCAUACCAAUUAUCGAAUGAUCUAGCUAAAUUUAUUAUCUGUACUAGACUAUACUAUAAGCUGUAUAAAACUAUUUCUUAUCAACUAUCAUUGAAUCAGAGCGAGAUUAAAUAAAUGAUCCAGAAGAGGCUGGAUUGUAGUUUGAAAGGGAAGGUGUGCCACAGAACUGCAAUAUUGAAAACGUUGUUUGCAUGUCUAAGUGCUCAAAACAAAAACGAUGAACUUUGAAUUUGUCAGAACACUGGAUGUAGCGUUAAAAAUACUAUUUAAAGAGACUUAAAAGAUCGGAGAAAGAUUAAGAGAGCCUUAAAAGAAUAAAUACAAGUUGCUUCAAACGCUUUCGUUCUAAAGAGCUCAUACCUGGGAGGUCAACCUUUAAGUCAGAGACAGUGAUUAAACGUGCAGCCAUAAUUUUUCCGUUUUUGGAGUCUCUCAGACUGACACGCACCUAUGCUGCUCCAUAUGGAGAUUCAAUUCAUAAAUGAAGUUCGGAAACCUUUUGUACACAACCUCUUUGAAAUUUUAUAGUAAUAGGAUAUCUAAAUUUAGUCCAGACAAACACGAUAAGGGUCAUCGACAAGAAACUACAAUCACGCUUAUAAUUUCGUUUACUUUACAUCAAACGAAUGCAAGGUUUGAGAUCAAUGCAGUACCCCAGAAGAAGAUGUUAUUCAGCGAAAUACCUUCUUUUGGAUUCUCUAGCUAUUUUAUCAAGUCAUUUAGCUCAUGGGGUGAUAUUGUUUAGUAAUCGCUUGAAAAGCGGGGGUGGAAUGUUGUCUUUGGUUCUGAUUCCAAUCGCGUGAUCAUGUGAUAAUAACAGUUGACUCAAUUGCAGCCUACGUAUUUCCAUACGAGUUGCUGUUCAUACAGUUUUGUUCUUAUUUCGCAUGACCAAUAAGUGUCAAAAUUUCUUAUGCAGCGUGAAACUGUUUUCAAAUGCAUGUAUGUUUUUUAGGUUAUUCCUUUGUUUCUUUGGAUCCUCUUUACUCACUGACCGAGUCUGACAUACAUGAUCGACAGCUCCCCGAGGGCAUUGGAGCGAGAUGGAAAGACCUGGCUCGGAAACUGGGAUUCAAAGAACGUUCCAUUGAAGUUAUUGAAAGAGAAAAUUGUUCUUACCACGACCGUUGUAUCAAACUUUUGGUGCGAUGGAUGGAAAAGGGAGGUCAACAUGGUGCCACUGCUGGGAAACUCGCUGAAGCUUUAAAGGCCAUCGAACUUCAAUCAUUGGCCGACAGAUUAAUUGGUAUUCUUAAAUUUUUUCGACUCUUGGCUAUAUUCUGGUGUUUCAUUUGUUUUUUCCCUAUGCACCUCUUCGAAAUGUGCUUUAUGGCGUUCUAAAAAACGUUAAUCUAUUCAGCAGGUGACCAUUGGGUAUUAACACAAACUGGCUAUUGAUCUCAUACACUAAAGUUGCCGUGAUAAAUUUUCAAGUCAGUUUUUCUUUUGGAACUGUUCUUGGACUAGGCGUCAAGUUCUUAUAUUGUUCACUAGAUACCAGAGGUGCCCAUGUUUAAAGCUUAAAUUUGAGGACCUUCUAAUUUUGAUGCUGAAUAUUUAACGCUGCAGGUCCGAGUGAUAGAAGAAUGAUAAUGCUGGAGAUUCAAGGAACAUUUCGCCUUGAAGAUGGGGUAUGUCUUCACCCAUAAGAGAGUGUGAAUUUACUGAUCUUUUGUUAGUACAGAUGUGCGUAUGGCUUAGUAAUUGCACCCAUUUUUUUUAACAGACUGAGAUCAUCGUGGGGGUCGACAGCACCGAAAGGAGGACAUUUUUCAUAUGGAAGAGUCCUGAUAAAGAAUUUAACACAUCCGAUAAGGUACUUUAAGAAACCAAUUCUAGCAGGUUUUUUUAAUCCAACAUAUGUUUAACAAAUCGAUCCUAUGUUGCUGUGGGUCUGUUCAGUAAAAGAUCUCAGAUGACGUAAAGAUGUUGUAAGAACAAAAGAGUGGCUCACGAGGCUCAGCCGGGUGUGUUGUAAUGUUCUUAAAACUCGGAGGGUGACGCUUUUGUGAUGAAUAGCACUUGCCAAUCUAGCGAACCAGCCAACCAGCAGGUGCGAAAAGCACUAUUCACUUGUUUGGUAUGUAUAUUAACCCUUGAACUCUCAAGAUCUCUUUAGUAAUUCUUCUUACUGUCUGCCAUACAGUUCUUGUGAUGUUAGUUUGAAGAAUUUGGUAUUGGAUCAACUAGUAUUCCCCUAAUUAAUAUAUUCCUUUAUUCUCAUCACUUGCCUGCUUGAUAUCGUAUUGAUAUUGUAAGGAGAAACUCUGUCUUGGUCACUUUUGGGAGUUUAGGGGUUAAAAGUAAUACAUUCCUGACAGUGCCUAUCAAUCAGUCCCUGUUUAUUUCGAAGUUUUCGUUCCGCAGAAUUGUUAGGUUACUGAAUGAUAAUGGAAGAGGAUCACUUCCUUUCAUAACUUGUUCACUUAGUUGCUUCAACUCCCCAAACAGGAACUGAAGAGAUAUUUUGAUGCUACCUGUCAAAUCACUGCACAGACACCUGAAGUUAUUGAAAAAAUUAUCGGAACAUCAGUCAGAACAUCAGUUGACGUCAAAAGCCGUAAAGAUCCACCCAGCAAUGAGCAGAUCUCCUUUCAGACGCCUGAAGUUAUGCAAGGAGACAUCGCAAAACUAAUUGAGGACAAAGACCGGAAAGAGAUUUCUACCCAGACGCCUGACACUUUAGAGGAAACUAAUGAUACAUCAGCUGAGAGAUGGCUGGAAGAUUCACCCCUCAAAUUGCAUAUUUCGACUCAGACGAAUGAAACUGAAGAAGUAUUUGGAAAAUCUGAUGAAACGAAAGGGGAAGAUUCACCCGCCAAAGAGCAGAUUGGUGUUCAGACGCCUGAAGUUAUGGAAGAAAUCGUCGGAAGAUCAACUGAAGACAAAGGCCAGAAAGAGAUCUCGACCCAGGAGUCUGAUACUGCAGAAAAAUUUACCGAAACACCACGUGAGAAAUGGAGGGAAGAUUCACCCAUCAAACAGCAGACUAGGACACAAAACCCUGUAGUUGGAGAAGAAUACAGACCAUCCGAUGAAACGAACCUGGAAGAUCCAUCAGACAGAGUGCCGAUUUCCACUCCAACGUCUGAAGGUGAAGUAAAAAUUGCUGGGACAUCAGCCGAAUUUCAAAGGGAAGGUUCAUACCACAAGGAGAUUUCCACUCAGACGUCUGAGGUGGAAAAAGGAAUUAUCGGAACACCAGUCGAAGAUAAAAGCCUGGAAGAUUCAUUCAUAGCAAUUCAAAUUUGCACCCAGACGGUUGAAGUUGUUGGAGAACUUAUCAGAACACCAGCUGAAGAGAUGGAACAGUUUUCCACUCAGGCGUCUGAAGGUGUAGAAGAAAACAGAAAAACAGGUGAAGAGAAAGAGGAAAAUUCAUCUUCCAAAGCGCCAAAGAUUUCCGAGAGGCUGAAGGACCUGCAGGAGAAGCUGUCGGUUGUAGAAGAAAAUCUCAAGAUACCUGAGCUGAAAGGAAAAGCUUUCCAUGUUACUAAGAAAUUGGAUUUGAUCUCCAGACAUAACACAACCAUUCAGGAACUGUACACACAAGUGAUGGGCAUGAUGAGGGAAGCGUGCAAGUGCGAUGAGUUCUUAAGAGAGAAAUUUUACGAUUUUUCGCAUUGUAGCUUGAGAGCCGUGCAUAAUAAUCUGAACAACAGUUUCGCGGAUCUACAAUCAGAACAAGGGAAUAUGACAGCAGCAGAGAAGAGAAAACUGGACUCGCUGAUCCUAUCCAGAAAGGGCAGAGAGAAGCAGAUUAUGUACCUGGACAAAAUUUUAAAGCGACUGUUCUCUUCGGUAGGUAAACAUCACCAAUGUUUAUUAGCAGUUUAUGUAACUGGCAGUCUCGUACAUUUUGUUUUUCCGGUGAUGAAGCUCUUUUUUAUCAGUUGAAAAAAGAGUUAUUCAGAGGUUAAAUACCUUUUAAUACUUGUUCUAAAUUGCCAACGCCCACUCAAACCCGUCGCUUUUGUUCCCAAUUGCAGGCAGCUGAACUCAAGAAAUCUCAAUCAUCACCAUGUGGGAGAGGCAAUCGGAAAAUAUCUGGUGAUUCCAAGGUAAUAAAUCACUGUUUAAUCCUUGACCGAAGUAACGUCGAAUGUAACAACUUAAGUAUAAUUUCUCUAGUGAUUAUAGAGAUACGUGCGCUAUGGAUUGCGUCAUAUCUUGCCAUAAUCAUAUCGCAAGGAAGUGAUAAGUGCAAUAGAAGGAAAACUCAGUCGCGAAGAGCGCAAAAGACGCCACUGAGUUUGGUUUUCAAAAUGUAAGAUGUGGAGUUUUUGCUGAUUGAAUUGUAUAAACCUGUUUAAACUGCCUGUUUAUCUUGAUAUGAGUAAUCAACACAAUUGAAACAAAAAAGGCGCAAUUAUUAACAGAUUAACAACAGAAUUCAAAAGCACUCGAGCAAUUACAAUAAAACAAUUUUUUGCUUCAGGCUCGGUAAACAUUGUUGAAUAAUCCCCUCGACUUCGUCUCGGGGAUUAUAAUCAACGAGCCUGAGGCGAAUAUAUAAUUGUUUAAUACAAGAAAUUAGCUUCAUUUGGUACCACAACAUAUUGGGAUAUUUGCCUGCGAACUCCAUCAGUUUCAGGACAAAACAGUUUCCGAGAACUAACCCCGAGGUAAACUGUGCGCUUCCAGAAAUUCGAGGGUAUCUGCUCGGCUAUUACGAAAUCGUCACCCCAUUUCCCUUCCCAGUGAGGGGUAGUGACAAGUAUAAGUUCAAGAGACGCGAGUCAAGUUUUGUUUUUCUAAUAAAGAGAAACAAUCUCAGCUCUCUUUAACCCUUUACACCCUAACAUCAGCAUGCAUAUUCUCACGUUUACGUUUCCUGAGGUGCUUUUAAGGCGAAUUUGUUGAAACAAUCAAGAGCUAAUAAGUUGGUGGUUAUUUCCUUUAUCCUCAUGACCGUGAUGUGUGAUUGCACGGUGAUAUUGUAAGGAGAAAUUAGAUGUUAGUCUCUCUUAGGGGUGAAAGGAUUAAAAUAUUUCAGGGCUCUCACCAAAGGAUUCAUGGUAAAUAAAAACGCUAAUGUUGCGUUUCUCAUUAUAUUUCAAGAACCGAUUAAGGAAGCGAAAAACCCAAAGCAGAGUCCUUUCUUCAUAAUCAAGGGCACCUGUUAUGCGACGAGAGUAAAGGAGACCAAUGCGGAGUUUGAAGUACCAGGCAGUGGAUAGAGACGAAGGAAUAGCCAGUUAAACUGUUAGUGGUCAUUCGACUUUUUCUAAAUAAUUCACUUUGAGGUUAUCAAAAUAAUUUGACAGUAGUUUGGAUUAGUGGGUAAACAAUAUAUUCUUGGUAAGAAAAUGUCUUAAGUUAGUUGAAAUGCCAACCCGAUUCUUAAUCACUUUGUGAACUUUUUCUACGAUUCAAUUCACAACUUAGUGGUAGUCACUGAUAAUAAGACCUGGUUAUUUGACAUGUGCCAAUUGCUCACAGUUCUACCUCAAAGUUUGAAACCGAUUCAAUGUGAAACAUUUCGUCGAGAUGGAUAGAUUUCAAAUAUUUUUAACAAUUAUAAGAGACAACGUAUCCAUCCCUGCGUCAUCCCUCAUCCACUUAACCCUAAGUCUAACAAGAAGUGAUGGUCAACAAUUUGAUGAAGAGGAAACAUCACGAAGUGUUCGCGUUGUAAAUAGCUGUUCUUUCUCUUCUCUUCUUUAACUCUGAAUUGUAUUUAUUUUAGGGAUAGGUUAGGGUAUGAAUAGAGUUUUGGCCAAAAUGUGGCAUUUAUCAAGAUGAUUUUAGUUUGGUCUUUUGAUUGCGUGAUAAUUGCAAACAAAGCAAUUUUUAUACAAAUAUUUCGAAGCACGGUGGCUGAGCGAUAUAUAUACAUAUAUAGAUAGAUAGAUAGAUAGUUAGAUAGAUAGUUAGAUAGAUAGUUUAUUAUCAAGAACCUUGCAGCCAUAGGCUGAAUUACGUUUGAUUUACAAUAAAAUAUAUACUACAAAAAAUAAAUGGCUAAGAAGAACUAAUUAAAAAGACAAAAAUAUAUAAUUAAGAGAAAAACAAUAUUACAUCAUUGCUUUAUGGACAUAGUGAUGGAUAAAACUAUUUCGAGUACGAAUGGUGUGGAGGCGCCGUGUAGUAAAAGAGUGCUGACUCCUUAAAUUGACUUCGCACUCAUUCUUGGGAGGUAGUAAGCUAUAGAGCUUGUGCGAGGGAUUAGACAGGAUGGAAUUAAAAAGCUUAUCACAUAAGAACUCGCGGCGGUUGUGUAAGGGAACUAGACCAGUCAAAAGAAGCGCCUCAUUGUACGAACAAUCUGGAUAGAUAAUACGUAGAGCUCGCCUUUGACAUCUCUCAAGAUCUACUGAAAGGUAUUGCGGGAGGCUAUGAUGAUAAACAGGGCAUGCAUAUUCAGUGACAGGCCUAAUACAAGUCAAAUAGAAGAGCAAAAGUUCCUCCGACUUGACCCGACUUAUAAAUAACAAGACACUGUGGUGUAUAAGGAAACAUUCAAUUUGUUUUCACUGUAGAUGGCGUACACAUCAAAAAACAUCACUAUUUAUAUAGCAAUGGAAAGUAAUUUAUCAUCGCUUGAAGUACGUUAAUUGAUGAGUUGGAUCAGUGUCAACUGCGCACCUACCCCUCCCCUAACUUAACAACAGCCAACUGAUGACGUGUCAGAGUUAGUGUUGGGUUAGGAGAGGGGUAGGUACAAAGUUGCUCAUAUAUUGAUAUUGAUCCGAUGAGUUUAUCACGUGUUAAGUUAGGUCAUGUGAUCAGACAAUAAAAAUUACAGAAUGAGUUU